AUGACGUUUUCUUUAAAGAUUCUGAGCUUUGAUUCUAUGUUUGGAAUUUCCUUUUUAAAUCUUCAGCAGAGUCACCAACAGGAUCUUGGUCUUAAACUCUUUCAUUGUGGCCUGCAGAACUAUAAUAAACAUAUACAGUUGAUCUACAGUAUACUGCUGUUUCCGGUCACUGCUGAUGUUUUCAAGAAGGCACCCUGUGAUUUCCCUCUCAAGAAUUCACUCAACACUUUGAAUGCGAGAUCAUCACACCUCAAGAGAAAAGUUGCAUUUGAUUCAAUUGAAAGACAUAAGCAGUUAUGUCCCUUCCAGAAAGUAAACUGCAUUUACAUCUAUAGAUACCGAACAAUCGAUGGUUCAUGCAACAAUCUGAAAUAUCCACUAUUAGGCAAAGCAAAUACUCCUUUCAUAAGAUAUAUUCCCAAUUCCUAUCAUGAUCGAAAAGGGAGUCCUCGUAGCCACGAUGUAACUGGACAGCCUCUACCAAGCGCAAGAGCUAUCAGUACCACUGUCUUUGACCCCAACAAUGAGACUGUGCGGGAGACAGACAUCAACCUAUUUACAGUAUUUUUUGGACAGUUCAUGUCCCAUGAUUUCACGCAGUUUGUCAUGGGCAAAGGAGAUCUUGGAGCUAUAAGGGUCAACUGCUGCCAAUCUGAAAACAAAAAUAAAACAGACUGUUUACCAAUCUCAGUGCCGACCAAUGACAGUUUCUUUAGCCGCAAAAACAUCACAUGUCUCCAUUUCCUCCGUUCUACACCUACCACCUCGUUAUCUUGUAACUCAGAUGUCCGUCAACAACUUAACGAAGCAACAAGCUACAUCGAUGGCUCCACAGUCUAUGGUUCCAGCGAAAAUACACUUCAACAAGUACGUCUCUACAGUAAAGGUCUGCUGAAAACUGUGCCAUGUGAUUUGGAAAAUUUUCCACCAAUAGAUAUCAACAACCAAACAGAAUGUUCUGUAAUGCCUCACAAUAGAACCUACCCUUGUUUCUUUGCAGGCGAUACCCGUGUCAACGAAAACCCUGCCUUAGCAGUAAACCACAUAAUUUGGUUGAGGGAACACAACUGGCUUGCAGCCGAACUGGCCCGUUUGAAUCCCCACUGGGGGGAUGAGAAACUGUUUCAGGAAACACGCAAGAUUGUCUCUGCUGAAAUACAACAUAUUUUCUACAAUGAAUUUUUACCAAUCAUCAUUGGGUCAGACAUUUGUGUCAGCAACAAUUUGCUAUCGUCGUCCAGAUAUGAUUACAACUCUAAAAUAGACCCAUCUGUUGAGAAUAGUCUUGCCACAGCAGUAUUCCGUUUCGGCCAUGGCAUGCUUCCAGACAACCUGUUAUUCAUAGAUGGAUGUCCCAGUCAAUAUCCACUGUGCACCCCUCAGUCUCUCCUAACUGGAAAUAUUUUUAAGACAAGUCAGUUUUAUACGACCAGUACAGUCACACCUACCACAGUUCCCCCUUUUGCUAGUUGCCCAUUUAGGAUUAAAGAAGACUUGAGUCAGAUGUUUGAGAAAGUCGACUCGUUGUUUGCAACACAUACUAAGAUGGCUGCGUUGCUAAAGGGUCUCCUGAAAGACAAGGCUCGCAUUGCUUCCGACACCAUGAUAACGUCUGCUGUGACUGAACGAUUAUUUGGGGACAUGGAUCUGAUGGCACGAAAUAUCCAGCGAGGCCGUGACCACGGUCUGCCACCGUACAAUAAAUGGAGGAGAUGGUGUGGAUUGAAGCCAGCGUUAUACUUCCAUACCAAGAAACAUGGAUUCAAAGACCACAAACACGAUGUUGUCAAGCGAUUCAGAAAAAUCUAUGCGCAUCCGAAUGAUAUAGAUCUAGUCGUAGGUGGUUUAACGGAGAUCCCUGUUAAAGGAGGGAUAGUAGGACCAACUUAUGCCUGUAUAAUGGCCAAGCAAUUUCAUAACCUCAAGUUUGGAGACAGAUAUUGGUACGACCAAGAGGAAGUAUUUUCUGAAGAUCAGUUGUAUCAAAUAAAAUCAACAAACAUGCAUAAAGUAUUAAUAAGAACCGCUAAGUUGAACAGAGUUCCAAAGUCAGCAUUUCAUGUUAACAGUCAUGUGAAUCCUGAUGUGAGUAGAAAUAAUGUAGUUGAACUUGAUCUAUCUCCUUGGCAAGAAACCAUUGCUAAAUAAUGCAACUGACUUUUCUAUAAAGACCUGUUUUUACACAUCUACAGAAAAUUUUGACUCCUACAAAUAAAUUUAUCAUCAUAGCAGACUUCAAAAUA